GUUCGGCAGUUGUUGGUUUUUGCGCGCGUCCAGACGAAACCAUCAGCUCAGAGGGCUCCCUCUGUCCCGCACGACAGAGAUCUCAUCGCAUUCUCUGCCGUGUUCGCAAUUGCGUGUUCGUCGUGAGCCCUCCCGUCUGGCGGAGUGCUGCGCGGCGCUGUGAUUGAUUGGCUUAUCGACUCAUCGUUUGACUGAUUUGCUCGUCGACAGUCGCUGUUCUCUCGCCGGUGAGCACAUGCGCGUGGGAGCGACGCACUCACUGCGCCAUUGUGCGUGUGCGGUGGUCUUCAGGCGUUGUGUGGGCUGCCGUGAGGCCAGUGGGCGGCAGCUAUGAGCAGCACAUCGGCAUCAGCUGCUGCUGCAGGUGGGCUGACUGGUUGGAAGAGGGAGAAAAGGGUUAGUUGUGUGGUGUGGUGUUUGUGUCGGUCAGGUAGUGUCUUCUAUAGCAGUGGCAGUAGUUCGAUCGGCACACAAGGAGAUGAGCAGUCGGUAAGCCAAGAUGCGGCCACACAAACAGGCAGAGACCGUCAUGCAUUCGUCUGUUUCUCAUGACAACGUCGCGUGUGCUGUGCAGAAGUCGUCUGAUCCCGUGGCGCGUCUGGUGAAGUUACACCACCAGGUAGGUAGGUGGCUUGGCUCCAGACACAGACGAGAGGACAUGUGGGCAGACAGGGAGAUGGAUGGCGGGUGUGACAUGUCGUGUGUGUUGUGCGUGCAGGCAAUGGGGAUCUCUCUGACCACUCAUCCAACACAGUCGCCUCGCAGACAGAGAUGGUGGCACAGGUACGAUGCCACGUAUGCCGUGUGUGUGUGUGGAUAUCUUCCUUCGUGACGUAUUGCUGCUUUUGCUUCAGGGCCCUGGCAGCCGAUUUGCCAACAAGGCCGUCACUGAUGAGACCACUAAGGCCACAAAGACACAGAAGAAGGUACGACAGCUGCUGCACCGUGCUGCUGACAUCAUUACGGCCAACGUAUGCUGUGCUGCGCGUGUCAGGUUGACGCCAUGGGGCUCUUGCGGCAGCUAUACGCCCUGCCCGAGGCCCUCAUGCACGGCACACUCCUCCCCCUCAUGGACCAGCAGCACCUGCACACCGCACUCGCCAAGGUCAGCAGUGCCCUCUGCUGCACCUCACCGGCAGUCGGCAGCGCCGUCGCGGCCGCCCUCAUCCCCCAAAUCGACAGCAUCAUCGAACGCGACGGCCUCACAGGCGUCAUCGGCUACACCCAGAUCCGUUGGCACCUGCAGCGGCAGCCGGGUCGGGCGAUGGACGUGUGUCGUCCAUUCCGGCUGAUCCGCCUCCACUAUGUGGUGGUGACAGGGGGCGACUGGCGGGGCAACGUGCCGCUGCUGCGGCUGGCCAAGAGCUGCGGGCAGAUCCAGUCGCUGCCGAUUCAGCUGACGAAGCACGACCUGCACCGUGUGGGCAGCAAGGCCGUCAUCGACAGCCGGCCGCCCAGCAUCCGCCAGUACAGCCUCUUCAGCCACCGACUGGGCGAGGGGAUGCGGCUGACGCGCAACGCCAACGGGCGGGAGAUGCUGGGUGGGUAUGAGGUGACGGUGCACACCGACCAGACGGUGCCGAGGAGGUAUCGAAAUCGCUUCGAUGCGGCCGAUCCCCCGUGCCGAUGUGAGAGAGGGGAGGGGAAAGCACCACAGGAAAGGCAACUUGACAUGGAUGGUGUCUGCCGCUGUGUCUGUGUGUCUGCAGACAAUGGUCUCGAGCUCAGCAGCUUCAGAGGACUGGUCAUCAGGAGGUACGCAGCGACUGAAAUGAGAGAAGAAACAGUACAGCAAGGUGUCGUGUUGUCUGUCUUUCCGCUCCUUGCUCUUUCAGGUUGACAGAGUGGUCGUUGCGUUGUGUGUCGUAUCAGAACUGGCAUCUGCCCUCUGCUGAGUGUCGUGACAUCGGUGCCCUGGUCGACCAGCAGUCGCCCCUGUGGGACGGCUGCCGCACCAUCGACUACAGCACCAUCGGCGGCUCAUACCGACUCGUCAUACUGUGUGGCGAGGAGGAGGGCGACAAGCGGCGUACAUCGAGAUGGCCAAGGGGUCUUAUCGGCCGGCAUCCAUCUCCCUCUUCACUACCGAGGCGCCCCAGCAGGCCGGCGAUGGCCCUGCUGCCUCCACGCAGGCAGUGGGCAUCGCCCGCAACAAGAUGGGCGACGCCAUCACUCUACUCCCACAGGUCAACGAGGCCAUCAACACAGGUACACACGAAUGAAAAGGGGCGGGGGACGCAGCCACGCACACACAUUUCAUGGAGUGCGCCUUCGUGUCGCUCUGAUGUUCAGGUGUGUUUGCGUGUUCGGCCACAGAGCGGCGACCGACCUUCCAGAUCUUCUACAGAAGCAUCCCAGGUCAGACACAUAGACUCUCACGAACCAGUCUCCACAUUGUGACUAUUUUACAUGCAGGCAGGACCGGAGUACUGGACGUCCACCCCAGCGACACCAUCAGGACUGUCAAGGCCAAGAUUCAGGCCAAGGAGGGCAUCCGCAUCAGCUGGCAGCGACUCAAUUAUGGUGGCAAGCCGCUCGAGGACGGCCGCACCCUGUCGGACUACAACAUCCAGAAGGAGAGCACACUGUUCCUGCUGUAGCCUGGGGGGCGGCAUGCAGAUCUUCGUCUAGACACUCUCUCACUGGUGGGUCAGGCAACACACACGACCUCACCAGCGGGACUCUGCAAACGUGUGACUUAGUCGGCGUGGUGGGCGUGGCACGCAUCGAUCGAGAGAGACAGGGAUGGAUAGAUGAGUAGAUGCGUGUGUGUGUGUGUAGGUAUGCGCAUUGGACCGACCUUGGCUCCCUCCGUUGAAUGUUCAUUCGAGGUGUGUGUGAUGUAUGUAUACGCAGCAUCGCUUUUCAACACUUCUUGUCUUUGCAUGUGUGUACUUGACGGAUUCAAUCCGUGUGUUGGUCGGUCACAUCAUCCUUCACCCUUUACAGACCCCAGACACGCCAACUAGACAGACAGACAGACAGAUCAACCAGCCAGACAACCAGGCGCAUGUUUGUCAUCCGUCAUUCACACACACACAUGCACACACCCUCACCACACCAAUGAAAACUAUGAAAUGACACUAACUGGUGUGGGGGGACGGUAUGGAUGGUAAUGCGUGAAUCCAUCUGUCUGUUUGACUGUUCCGCGUCGAUAGAGUACACCAGACCAGAUACAUGGGCGGUGGAAAAUCACUCACUAACCGAAUGCACCGCACCAAUCGGCCGCUCCUCUCCCAUCUCCCACCUGCCGUAAC